CUUACAACUGUCACCUGCAAAUAGCGCGCUCCGGGUGUACCGUACCUUCAGUUCCGUCAUUAAGAAAACAUUAAACUUGAAAGUGUCGACCCUGAAGUGAGUUAGCUAAGGUAGGUACAAUAAUUAAUUGACCUCCUUAACUUUCUUUCCUUCUUUAUCUUCUUUUUCUCCCAUUUGCAAUUCCUACCAACCUCUUUUACUUCUUAACGUGGAGGUGUCUAUCCUUCAACUUGUCAGCUUGUAGGAGUGAAGGAAGCACAACGAAUCCAUCCCGCCAGGUACCUACCUACUUACCUACAGAUCACAGCCUCGAAUCCCUCACAGCCAUAAUACUGUCCCCCUUUUGUGUCAAGCAGUGAAUAUAAACGUUAGCACUGCAUAUGUAGAUUGGGAAUAGUCUACACAUCAAUUUCCAGCUGGUUAACUAGAACAUAAAAAAAUGGCUGGAAUAGAGCAGCUAGAGAUCCAUAGCAAGUCUUACAUUGUGCGAUGGGUUCGAGUUGAUGAAGGGCAAACCAUCUCAUGGAGUGUCCAGCCGCAUAAGAAGUCGAUUAACUUCGGUAUCGUCAAACACCCAGGCUCCGGCUCCGGCUCGAGCACCGCCUCGGCCAACCUUACUGCGAACUUAGACGGCUCCAACACAACCGAACAAGUCGAGGGCAAGUCGAACCUUUUUGCUAAGAAAGAUGCCAGUACGGCCCAGGAACAGUUGGCCACCAAGGGCUUCAUACCCAUAAAGUGGCAUGGAAAAUGUGAGGCAGACAAGGUGUCCAUGGGAAAGUAUGACGUACUCAAGGGUCAAGGUGGUAUGUUUGGGUUGAUCUUCGACAAUACCUUCUCCAAGCAGACUUCCAAGAAUGCCACUUUUGUGCUCCUUACCUAUCCCACGGGCGCACCACCUCAAGGCGCACACCAUCUUCCGAACCACCACCAAGCAGUCUCCCACGCAAAUGCUAGUAAGACAAGUCUAAGCAAAGCCAGUCCGAGCGUUGCCGCUGCUGCUGCCGAAUCCACCGAUAGUCUACAGAGUCAGGGUGGUGGUGGACAAGGAGCGAAGUCGAUAACUGGUCGUAGCGACGCAACGGCCACCUCCACCACGCACACCGGCACUCUAUUAAAGAGACGAAGAAAGAAGGGCCAGGGUUAUGCCCGUAGAUUCUUUUCUCUGGAUUACUCUUCUUGCACCCUAUCAUAUUACCACAAUCGAAACUCGUCUGCCCUUAGAGGUGCAAUUCCUCUAAGUUUAGCUGCAAUUGCCGCUGAUGAACGACGGAGAGAGAUCAAUAUCGACUCAGGAGCUGAGCUUUGGCAUCUAAGAGCUUCCAACGCCAAGGAAUUCAAUGAAUGGGCACACGCUCUAGAGAAGGCAAGUAGGAUUGCAAGAGGGCUUGAACCCGCUCAUGAAGAGGCAACUCCUGAGACGCUUAGCGUAGCUACUCUCACGCAAGCCAAUCCCCCAAAUACGCAACAAGAAGAGGAUCGAGAAUGGCAACAAGUCGAGGCCUUGGUCAGUCGAAUCGUUGGAACAAGAGAUGCUCUACGACGAUUGGUGAAGGACAUGGGAGCCCAGAAGCAACCGCCGCGGCCGCCAAGUUCGCAUUUAUCACCGUCCUCGCCGGCCGUUUCGGAGAACAGUGAGGGGUAUUUUCCGCCGGGAGCACAGGACAAGCGUUCAUUUUGGAAACGCAAACAGACCACUUCAUCUCUGUCAUCAGAUCCAUCGGCGCCAACAAGCUCACCCGCCUCGGCACCUAUUUCGUCGGGAUCGGCCAAGUCAAAUGGGUCCGUUGCAACGCAAAAGGCUAUUCAGCCCGAACAAGAUGAGCAAGGUACACAAGAGCACUGUGCUGCGCUCCUCAAUGAUUUAGACUUGGUUGUUGCGGAAUUCACCAAGGUACUUGCUAAUAGCAAGAGACGGCGAAUCCCCGUGCCUGUUUCCGCGACGUCUAGAAGGAGUCUCGAGUCAACCGCGUCAACCGAUGAAUUCUUUGACGCUGAGGCUGGUGAGACAGACAGUAGGGCCCAGGUCGUGAUGAUUGGCCGCCGUGGAAGCGAAGAGGAUUCCCACGGGUCGGAUGCGGAGGCGGAUGCGGAUGCCGACGCUGACGCUGAUGAGGCUACCAUUGAUGAUUCCUCUUCUGUUUCAACGGCGGGAGAUGAUCAAGGGGCUUCAGGGGCUAGCGGAGCCGCGGCGCUUUUCCCUACGAAGCCCAAGUCACUCAGUCCGUUGCCUGUUGAUAUUGCAGUUGACCGCCGAAAGACUAUUCCGGCAGCUACCGUACUUCCACCAAGUCUAAUAGCAUUCGUGCGCAAGAACGUCGGCAAGGAUCUUAGUACCAUUAGCAUGCCAGUCUCGUCCAACGAGCCUAUUUCGGCCCUACAACGUGUUGCAGAGCAGCUUGAGUAUGCCCAGCUACUCGACAACGCAGCACAGCAGAGGGCUCCCAAAGACCGGCUAUUAUGUGUCACUGCUUUCGCCAUUUCACAGUUUAGCGUGAAUCGUGUCAAGGAACGUGCCAUGCGCAAGCCCUUCAACCCUCUCCUCGGUGAAACGUUUGAGCUUCUUCGCACUGAAGGCGAGGUUCCUGGUGGUUUCAGACUAAUCGUCGAGAAAGUUACGCAUCGCCCUGUUCGUCUUGCUAUGCAUGCUGACUCCGCUUCCUGGUCAUUCACACAGAGCCCUGCUCCAUCCCAGAAAUUCUGGGGUAAGAGUGCCGAAUUGAAUACGGAAGGACGAGUCCGGGUAGCCCUUCGACUCUCGGAUGGUACCGACGAAUUGUACUCGUGGAACAUUGCCACUAUGUUCUUACGAAACGUCGUAAUGGGUGAGAAGUAUGUGGAGCCGGUUGGAACCAUGACGGUAUGCAACGACUCGACGGGGGCGAAAGCCAAUGUGGAGUUCAAAACCAAGGGAAUGUUUGGCGGUCGAAGCGAGGACGUCGAGGUAGCGUGCUUCGACGCCAGCGGAACACAGACUGGAGCUGGCCUGGUGGGUAACUGGACAUCUUCGCUUCGCGUCAUGGAAGGCGGCAAACCGACCAGCCAGGAGAUAUGGAAGGCGGGCAAGAUCGUGCCGAAUGCGCCAAACACAUAUGGCUUCACGACAUUUAGCGCCAGCCUCAACGAGAUCACUCAAAUCGAAAAGGGUCGAAUCCCACCUACGGAUACCCGAUUGCGGCCCGAUCAACGCCUUGCGGAAGAAGGCAAGCUUGACGAGGCUGAAGAGUGGAAGGUGAUACUGGAGGAGGCGCAGCGGGCGAGAAGGAGGGAUUUGGAGGAGAGCGGUGGAGAAUACAAACCAAAGUGGUUCUUCAAAGUUGCUGACGCACCUGAUGGAGAGGAGUUGUGGAGGCUGAAGUCAGGAAAGGAAGGCUACUGGGAAGAGAGAUCAAAGGGAGAGUGGAAAGGCGUCGAACGCAUAUUCGAUAAGCCAUCCGGAUAAACAGUUUCCUACGCCAAAGGACACAUGGUCAUGGUGUUUCACGAUGGAGAUGCGAUUUAGUACAUAUGGAUGCAUAGCAAGUACUCGGUUUGGUGUCAUGAUGGUUCCCUAGGUGCCUGCCUACUCUUACGAGGACCAAGGUGUUGAGGAGAUAUAUAAAAGGGGGGUGAUUAGAACGACUUCACAUUUAGAGCUGCCUGAACUAGAUACGUGCCUGAAGUUUAUCUCAGACAAUUUGCAUAGCCUGUCUUUAUACAUAGAAAUGCCUUGUUGUUAAUUUACAUUGUUGGCCUUUUA